AUGACCGCGGAAGACAUAACCACUGCGGCGGAGCCGCCAUCUGAAAAGCACGAAAUGGCGGAUCAAUUCGACCAGGCUGGCCGGAAAUCAGACGAGAUCCAGGCCGUGACGACCAUCGAGCCCGCGCUGGAAAAGCGUGUGGUACGUAAGAUGGACAUGCGCUUGAUUCCGCUGGUCACGGCUCUUUAUCUUGUGGCCUUUCUUGACCGCUCUAAUAUAGGCAAUGCAGAGACUGCGGGCAUGUCUGUAGACUUGGGUUUCGAUGAUGCCCAUUACCAGUGGCUAUUGACCAUAUUCUAUAUCCCCUAUAUCGUAUUCGAAUGGCUGGCCCUGAUGUGGAAACUGGUUCCUCCACACAUCUGGGCAUUCGCUUGCGUGCUCGUUUGGGGCUUGGCGUCAACACUGCAGGCCACAGCCAUCAACUGGCAGGGCCUGAUGGUUUGCCGGUUCUUCCUGGCAGCGGCCGAGGCAGGCUACGGGCCGGGGAUUCCCUACCUUCUCAGUUUCUUCUAUAAGCGCCACGAGCUCGGCCUGCGAUGCGGUAUAUUCGUCUCGGCGGCGCCGCUGGCCAGCACCUUUGCUGGGGCCUUGGCGUACGGCAUCACAUCGGGCCAUCCCAGCAUCGCCAACUGGAGGUUGCUGUUCCUCGUGGAGGGCAUCCCCUCCGUCCUGCUGGCCUUUGCCGCCUUCUUCUUCAUGCCGGAUUCCCCGGACACGGCCCGGUUCCUCGACGAGAAGGAGAAGCAGGUGGCCCGCGUCCGUGCGAUCCAGCAGACGGGCAGCGAGGGCUCAGCGCGGGUUGGGCAUGUCAACUUCAAGGAGGUCUUCGCCGCCCUCGCCGACGUCAAGACCUGGAUCACCCCGCUGAUGUAUUUCUCCUGCAACGUAUCCUAUAGCAGUCUGCCCGUCUUCCUGCCAACGAUCCUCCAGAGCAUGGGGUUCACCGCCAUCAACGCGCAGGGCCUGAGCGCACCCCCGUACUUCCUCGCGUUCCUGAUUUGCAUCUUGACGACCUGGCUGGCCGACAAGACGCGGCAGCGCGGGUUCAUGAUUGCCGGGCUGUCCGUGAUGGGCGGAAUCGGCUAUAUCCUGCUGGCGACGGUCAAGAGUGUCGGCGUGCGCUACUUCGGCGUGUUCCUGGCCGCGGCCGGCGUGUUCCCGGCCACGGCGAACGUUUUGCCCUGGGCCAUCAACAAUCAGGGCAGUGACUCGAAGCGAGGGUCCGGCAUCGCGCUGCUCAACAUCAUCGGCCAGUGCGGGCCGCUGCUGGGCACCCGCAUGUUCCCGGCCGCGGACAAGCCGUAUUAUGUCACGGGCAUGUCGGUCUGCGCUGCCUUCAUGUUCUUCAACGCGCUCCUGGCCCUGGGGCUGCGCUGCCUGCUGGCGUGGGAGAACAGGAAGUUCGAGAAGAAGGAUGCGGCUGAGAGAGCGGAAGGAUUUGACCCGCGCAAGGGGGCCAUUGGCAACGAAAACGAAGGGUACGGAUUCAGGAACAUCCUUUAG